AUGGGUCCACCGAAAAAUGUCAUUGUGAUAGUAGGCACAACAGGAGUUGGGAAAUCUCAAUUCAGUAUAGAAGUAGCAAAGAGGUUCAAUGGUGAGAUUAUAAAUGCCGACUCUAUGCAAAUGUAUAAAGGGGCUGAUAUCAUCACCAAUAAGCAUCCCAUGGAGGAAAGAGAAGGGAUCCCACAUCAUGUCAUGAACCAUAUCAACUGGGAUGAAGAGUAUUUCAUUCACAGAUUUGAAAAAGAAGCACUAUCAACAAUCAGUGAUAUACACUCUAGAGGCAAAAUACCCAUAAUAGUUGGUGGUACACACUAUUAUCUCAACUCAUUAUUAUUUUUGAACAAAACAAUUAAAGUUAAAGAACCAGAAAAGGACAGCUCCGAAAAGCUAACUGAAGAUCAAAAAAGGGUCCUAGAUGGUCCACCAGAAGAGGUGUUCAAGACCUUGCAGAUUGUUGAUCCAGUUGCUGCUGGUAAAUUCCAUCCAAAUGACACAAGAAGAGUCAGAAGAGCAUUAGAAAUUUUUUAUACAACAAACAAGAAGGCUAGUGAUCAUUAUGAAGAACAAGUUGAGUCAGAUCAGGACAAAUCAGGUCUUAGAUUCAACACCUUAGCAUUUUGGCUAUUUGCCCAGAAGCCAAUACUGGACAAAAGGUUAGACGAAAGGGUGGAUAAAAUGCUUUCCAAUGGUGGUAUGGCUGAAAUAAACGAGCUAUAUGAAUAUUAUACCAAAAGUGAGCCAAAGCCUGAUUGUGAAAGAGGAAUUUGGCAAGUUAUUGGAUUCAAAGAAUUCUUGCCAUGGUUGGAAGGUGAAAGAACAGAUAAUGAGCUCAAGAUAUCAAUUGAAGAUAUGAAAUCUCGAACUCGACAAUAUGCUAAAAGACAAGUUAAAUGGAUCAAAAGUCUAUUAGCUGCUGAUUUGGCCAAAGAGAAAGAUCAUAACUAUGUGAAAGGUGGCCGCCUGUUUCUUUUAGAUGCUACUGACUUAUCAACAUGGCAAUCAAAUGUCACAGAAAGGGGAUUGGAAAUCACAGAAAGAUUUUUGGAAGGGAAGGAAGAUACAUUACAACAAGCACCAGAUGGGCUUGAGGACAUGUUGCCAUUAGAAGCAGAGAAAGAGGACAAAUCUACACAAUGGAAACAUUUUACAUGUGAUAAAUGUUUUAACAAAGACAACACACCAGUGAUUGCUAUUGGUGAAAAACAGUGGGAGAUUCAUUUGAAGAGCCACAGACAUAAAACCAACGCAAAUAGAGGUAAACGCAAAAGGGAGUAUGAAGAAUGGCUCGCCAAACAGCAGAGUACCGAAACCAUUGAAAAAGCCUAA